CGCGAUCUCGCUGCCAGGCGUAGGAGGAUAGGGUUACACGAGACUCCCAUGAGAGCUGUGCUACUCGCGACGAGGGCGUAGAAGGGUGACCACACUUACUAACAAGCCGCUGGCACUUUCCCCGAGAGACGGAAGGAUGGCCGCCCACAAGAUGCCAGGGUUCUCCGUGGCGCCCGUGAAAGGGCCGUUGGGUGACAAACUCCGGAAGGAACUGACGUCCGGCUUCUACAAGGACUUCGUGGCCAUCCAGCCCGGCGGCCACAUCAUGCCCAGCUUCUACCCGGCGUGGCACAGCAAAUACGCUCAGUUCCCCGUGAAGAAGGACGAUGUCUGGGUCAUAACUUACCCGAAGUCAGGCACUACGUGGACGCAGGAGCUGGCGUGGUGCCUCCUGCACGGGCGCGGGACGGAGGCAGGCAAGCAGGGCCUCAUGAGGCGCUUCCCCUUCUUCGAAUUCGACUCCCUGAUGCCGGACGAGCUCGAGACGCCCCCGGACCAGGACCCCUUCGACCCCUGCCUCCCCGGAAACACCUGGAAGAUCAUGCACGCGAUGGCGGAGCCGCGCACCAUCAAGGCGCACCUGCAGAAGCCUCUUCUGCCGACACAGCUCUGGAGUGUCAAGCCGAAGAUCCUGUAUGUGUGCAGGGAUCCUCGCGACGUCUGCAUCUCGUAUUACUUCCAUUCUGUGAAGCUGGACGGAUACACGGGGCAGAUGGAAGAUUUUGUUGAGCUGUUCCUCGGAGACAUGAUGACCUGGUCUCCCUUCUGGUCUCACGUCCUGGACUUCUGGCGUAUGAGGAACGAGAGUAACAUCCUCUUCCUGCGGUUUGAGGAGAUGAAGGAGGACCUGCCGGCCGUGGUGAGGAAGGUGGCCAAGUUCCUGGGGAAGGCGGUGACGGAGGAGGAGGUCGAGAAGCUGGCUGACCACUGUUCCUUUGGCAGCAUGAGCAAGAAUAAAGCAGUUAACAAUGAAGAUAUCAUUGCACCAUCUUCGGAGCGUACUAAGAAUAUUAAAUUCAUGAGAAAAGGACAAGUGGGAGACUGGAAGAACCACCUGACGGAGGAGCAGGUGAAGGCCUUCAAAGCUUGGACUAUGAAGCACCUACAAGACUCUGACUUCCCGUACUACAGGGACUAUGAAUAGUGCAGAAAACUGAGAGACAGAUAGAAUGGGAAGGAGAGGAGAAGGAAGGGAGGGCAGGAGGUGUGAGGGGGAGGGAGAGGGAGGAAGGAAGGGAAGGAGGGAAUGAGGGGAGGGAGGGGGGAGGGGCAGGCAGACAGUCAUAGAAAGGGAAAGUGUGUGUGCGAGAGAGUGUAAGAGAAAAAAGCAUUUGCGCAAUUUAGAGUAUUAUAUUUGAUAAAACAUGUGGCUCGAUAAUGCAGAUAGUGCCUUAAGCCAAAAUACAUCGACCAUACAGUGUACCGAAUAAACUCGCCCAGUGAGACGUGAGUCGAUGCAAGACCAACCCAUCCGACUUCGACCCUAAGACUCUAGACCUUGAACCUCCAGUAUACAGUACAUAAAGCCUCCAAAGCUUGCUGAACUGAAGUAGGCAAGAGCGCCUCGUCUCGAGAAGCGGUCAGCCUCUCACACUGGCCUCCAUUGCAGUCUCUCUUUCGCUUUUGUAUUAGCAGAAUGUGUGCUUCCCGCUUCCAGAUCAAUAAAAUGGAGAAGAAAA